CCUAAGGAUCAUGUCUGCGAGUCAGGAUUCCCGAUCCAGAGACAAUGGCCCAGAUGGGAUGGAACCCGAAGGCGUCAUCGAGAGUAACUGGAAUGAGAUUGUUGACAGCUUCGAUGACAUGAAUCUCUCUGAAUCCCUUCUCCGAGGCAUUUAUGCCUAUGGUUUCGAGAAGCCCUCUGCCAUCCAGCAGCGAGCCAUUCUUCCUUGUAUCAAGGGUUAUGAUGUGAUUGCUCAAGCCCAAUCUGGGACUGGGAAAACUGCCACUUUUGCCAUAUCAAUUCUGCAGCAGAUUGAGUUGGAUCUAAAGGCCACCCAGGCGUUGGUCUUGGCUCCCACUAGAGAACUGGCCCAGCAGAUACAGAAGGUGGUAAUGGCAUUAGGAGAUUACAUGGGUGCCUCUUGCCAUGCCUGCAUUGGAGGCACCAACGUGCGUGCUGAAGUUCAGAAGCUACAGAUGGAGGCUCCCCAUAUCAUUGUGGGUACCCCAGGCCGUGUAUUUGAUAUGCUUAACCGAAGAUACCUAUCUCCCAAAUACAUCAAAAUGUUUGUACUGGAUGAAGCUGAUGAAAUGUUAAGCCGUGGAUUCAAGGACCAGAUCUAUGACAUAUUUCAAAAGCUCAACAGCAACACCCAGGUAGUUUUGUUGUCCGCUACAAUGCCUUCUGAUGUACUUGAAGUGACCAAGAAGUUCAUGAGGGACCCUAUUCGGAUUCUUGUCAAGAAGGAAGAAUUGACCCUGGAGGGUAUCCGCCAAUUUUACAUCAAUGUGGAACGCGAGGAGUGGAAGCUGGACACGCUCUGUGAUUUGUAUGAGACCUUGACUAUCACCCAGGCAGUCAUUUUCAUUAACACCCGGAGGAAGGUUGAUUGGCUCACUGAGAAGAUGCAUGCCCGAGACUUCACUGUCUCUGCCAUGCAUGGAGAUAUGGACCAAAAGGAACGAGACGUGAUCAUGAGGGAGUUUCGUUCUGGCUCUAGCAGAGUACUGAUUACCACUGACCUAUUGGCCAGAGGCAUUGAUGUGCAGCAGGUUUCUUUAGUCAUCAACUAUGAUCUUCCUACCAACAGGGAAAACUAUAUCCACAGAAUUGGUCGUGGUGGACGUUUUGGCCGUAAAGGUGUGGCUAUUAACAUGGUGACAGAAGAAGACAAAAGGACUCUUCGAGAUAUUGAGACCUUCUACAACACCUCCAUUGAGGAGAUGCCCCUCAAUGUUGCUGACCUCAUCUGA